UCGGUCUAUCAUCCAGGUUGAAUACACAUCGUUGGUAAGAUCCGGGUUUUGGACAGGAUGAACGCCAAUUUCCAAGAUGGCUGCGGAGGGAGGAGGGAAGGAGAUGAACGAAAUUAAAACUCAAUUCACCACUCGGGAAGGUGUCUAUAAACUCCUAACUCACUCCGAAUAUAGCCGCCCUAACAGGGUGCCUUUUAAUUCACAGGGCUCAAAUCCGGUAAAAGUCUCAUUCGUGAACGUGAACGACCAGUCAGGCAACGGCGACAGAAUCUGUUUCAAUGUGGGCCGGGAACUGUACUUUUACAUCUACAAAGGCGUAAGAAAGGCUGCUGACCUGAGCAAGCCCAUAGACAAGAGGAUCUACAAAGGAACGCAGCCCACGUGUCAUGACUUCAACCCCCUCACGGCCACGGCGGAAAGCGUCUCCCUGCUGGUGGGCUUCUCGGCUGGCCAGGUGCAGCUCAUCGACCCCAUCAAGAAGGAGACUAGCAAGCUCUUCAAUGAGGAGAGACUCAUAGACAAGUCUGGUGUGACGUGUGUGCGGUGGGUCCCUGGCUCAGAGAGCCUCUUCCUGGUGGCUCACUCCAGCGGCAGCCUGUACCUGUACAACGUAGAGCACACCUGUGGCACCACACCACCCCACUACCAGCUCCUCAAACAGGGCGAUGGCUACGCCGUGCACACCUGCAAGAGCAAGUCGGCCCGCAACCCCCUACUACGCUGGACGGUGGGUGAGGGGGCGCUCAACGAGUUCGCCUUCUCCCCCGAUGGGAAGUUCCUGGCGUGCGCCAGUCAGGACGGCUUCCUGCGUGUGUUCGGCUUUGACGCGGCUGAGCUGCAUGGCACCAUGAAGAGCUACUUCGGUGGACUACUGUGUGUGUGCUGGAGUCCAGACGGACGCUACAUAGUGGCUGGGGGGGAGGAUGACCUGGUGACAGUCUGGUCCUUCUCAGACUGCAGGGUGAUUGCCAGGGGCCAUGGCCACAAGUCGUGGGUGAGUGUAGUGGCGUUCGACCACUGUACGACCAGUGUGGAGGACAGCGACCCGCCCGCAGAGUUCAGCGGGAGCGACGAGGAGUUCCACGAGCAGAUCCAUUUUGCAGGUGGGCGGGACCGGGCCAACAGCUCCCAAUCACAUCUCUCCAAGAGGAACUCUACAGACGGCAGGCCGGUCAGCGUGACCUAUCGCUUCGGCUCGGUGGGACAGGACACCCAGCUGUGUCUGUGGGACCUGACUGAGGACAUAUUGUUCCCCCACCUGCCCCUGUCACGCACCAGAACUCACACAAACGUUAUGAGUGCCACCAGCCCCCCAGCUACUGGGUCGGCCACUAAUACUACUACUACUACUACUACUACUACUACUAUUAACCCACCUGGCACCAAUGGCAACAACACCGUGAGCAGUAGCAGUGGUAACAGUGGCGCCCUCUCUAACUCAGUCCCCGCUCCCCUGCCGCGCUCCAACAGCCUGCCGCACUCCACUGGCCCCGCAGGGGGCAGCACCACGCCUAACAGCCACAUGAGCAGCAAAGGAAGCAGCAUCAUCGACAGCGCCUUCAUCGCCACCGGGGUCAGCAAGUUUGCCACGCUGUCGCUACAUGACACACGCAAGGAGCGCCACGAGAAGGAUCACAAACGCAACCACAGCAUGGGCCACAUCAGCAGCAAGAGCAGUGACAAGCUCAACCAACUGAGCUCUGCGGCGCGGACAGCCAAGGCGGAUGCCGCUAAGACUCUGGGCACGCUGCUGUGCCCGCGCAUGGAGGAGGUUCCUCUGCUGGAGCCACUGGUGUGUAAGAAGAUCGCUCAUGAGAGACUCACUGUGUUAAUCUUCCUGGAGGACUGUCUGGUCACAGCCUGCCAGGAGGGCUUCAUUUGCACAUGGGCCAGGCCCGGGAAAGUGGGCUUACUGCCAUCUCAGAACCCGACCAACUCUCCUAGUGGGACUGUAGUAUAGCCCUGGUGCUAGUGCUGCUAAACUAAACCGAGCUCCACCAGACGACAGAUGGGACAGGAUGUCCUGUCCACACCUCGCCAUAGCCCAUUAGUGCUGUUCUUCACUCUCACACCUUCACCACCACUGAAAGUCUCUUUUUGUUCUGUUCGUCUUUAGAUAGAAUAGAUAGCUUACGUGGCCCAGUGAGGGUAGGUGGAGAGGCCCACAGUCUGAAAGGGGUGUAAAGGAUCAUGCAGAAAGCUUGAAAUGGUCCAUGAGCAUUGAAACUGUUGUUCUGGGACAGGAGGCUGGCAGGGCUGUGUUUUAUUUGUUUCCACCUCUGUUCCCCCUCAACCUUCUCUAGUCCGCUCCAGAAACAAACCCUGGAAGAGCUCAGGCUUGUUUUCAGAGUCUCUAAUAGCUUAGCCCGGUCCAGAAACACAACCCCUAGCCAACCCCUACACAUUUUGUGUAGAUCUGAAAGACUUGGAUAGGUUUAAUCAAUAUGGUAGUAGCCACAUUUCUUCCCCUAUCCAGUCCUCAGAUCUACCUGAGUACCUAAGGGUUAGGGGCUGUUUAGGGACAGGUGCUAUCUCUUCUCACUAGUCCCUCAUCCCUGACUAACCCUGGUGCAGUUUGAUCUCAUGUUCACAGCAAAGGGAGACCAGAGGAGUUAGCUUCCUUUAACUAAAAGAAGAAAAUCAACUGUUUUUAAUUUAAAUCAGAACAUCACAGCUUGAGUAUUUUGCACUGAUCAUUUUUUUUCUUUCUGUUCUGUGUUCAUUUUUAAUUCAUAAUUAUAAUGGGACAACAAGAUAUUUGAAGACAGCCUUUGGAUGCACUUGGGUUGAUGCGAGGUAUCUCUGUCUGGAUGCUGCAAUCAUAGGGGUUUAAAGAAGGAAACAAAUGAGAAUUGUUUGCACUUAAUAGUUAGAGAAUGGCUUUACAAUUUUGGAGUGUGCAAGGACUCCCCUGACAAGGCUGUUAAAAAUAUAAAUAGAAUGAAAACCUUUUUAUAUCUAUUGAACAUUUAUUUUAAUAUUAUUUCAGAUUUAAAAAUGGGCUCUGUAUUAUAUGUAAAUAUUGUACUUUGAUGAUUUAUGGGUGAAAUUAUUAUUACACCAGUUGGAAGUUCUUCAUUUCAGAAAAUAGUGAUAUUUCUAAUGCAGAAAAAUAUAUACAUAAUAAUAUUAAAAAUUAAUCUUGAAUAUGCAGGUUGUUUUUGCUUUUCUGUUGUACAUAAAGAGAAUUCAGGUGUAUUUUUCUUAAUGAUAUGUUUGUCUCCAUGGAAACCUCUAUCUAAUAGGUAGUGCUGAAAGCUAGCCUGUUGCUGCAGACCACUAUGUAGGCAGGUAUGUCCACUCCCAAAACCACCCCUGCACCCUAUGCCCUUGCGGAGACCUGGAUUAUGUAAGUAGAUAUAGCACCACAAUUUUCACUAUAUUGCUUAUAUGCCUAUCCAAUCCUCUCAGAUUUGCAUGAGGGCACAGGUUGUAGGUGCUAGAGGUUGAUUUAGGACCGGGCCGUAGGCUAAGAUAGGGGCCGUCUAAUUCAGCCAUCACUCAGCUCAGGUAAAACAUGGAAGACUACUGCUGACAUAGGUCUCUCACCCAUUAAUAGGCACCAGUACUCUAAACGUGUCAAUUCACUUACCUACCUAGUAUAUAACUAAUAUGACUGAACUGGUGUUAUGGUUGUGUGGACUAUGGCAGUACAGGAGUUAUGACGACAGGACUGAUGUCGAAAAUGUGUGAUCCAGACAACUGACACUUCUUGAACAUCAAUACUUGGUGGUAUGAGUGCUGGGGCUAGCUCAGGGGAGUGAAACGUUCACAUCGAAAUGUAUUAGGUGAAAAUUGUCUAUUCAUUGCAUUGCUUAAAGCUUUGUAGCUCUAAGGUCAUCUUCCAACCAUUGCUGACAAUGGACUUCUAUAAGCAUGAUCGUAGCGCUACCAAGCUUCCGGGAAGUUCUCCCCUGACAGUUUCACCUCCCUGAAUAGGGAGGGUGUGAUGCACCCAGGUAGAAAGUGGAGGUCUAACAGUGGGAGGGUUUUUUCCCCUCACUGUGUGACUCCUAUUAAACAGCUUUGACAGAC